AUGAGCGGGACUUCACCAAAAAGAUGGAAGCUCCUCCCCCUCGCCACCUUCCUCUUCCUGUCCGUCACUUCCACUGUGACUGAGGUGGUACGCUCGAUGUCGGACUGCAACCAGUUUCUUCUGGCGGGCGCUCCGCCGCGGGUCCCGGGCGUCCUGGAGGAGGGCCGGAUCCUGCAGCCGAGCCGGUACAAAACCAUUUGUCAGACUUUUAGGAACGAGCGCCGCUUUGUGACGCUCUACGACACCAAGAACAAGAUUCCAGUGUUUUCUGCAUGCAAGUACAGAGGGGGAGGAGGAAAGAGACCCAAUAACCCCAUAUGGAGAAUGCUUGACGGAGAAAAAGGAAGAAACAUGAUGGACGAACAACCCCAGCACCAGGCCAACACCCAUGACUAUACGAACAACAGGCAGGGCUAUGACAGGGGGCAUCUAUUCCCAUCUUCUUAUGGAUUUAAUGACAAUGAUACGAUCUCAACGUACACCAUGACAAACAUCGUUCCACAAGGAAAGACGUUCAACGGCGGCAGCUGGAAAAACAUGGAGACCUGCAUCCGAUGCGUCAUAAACAAGUACUGCAUCAACAACAAUGAGGUCCUUGAAGGCUACGUCGUCACUGGAGCGCAGCCCAGCAGGAACAAGAUGCUCAAGGGCGAUCGGGUUAAUAUACCCUCCAUGUUGUGGUCGGCGUUCUGCUGCUACAGUAACAAGAGGAGCAUAUCCAAAAUGCAAAUGCCCGCCGCCAGAUUCAACCACAUCUGCCCCUUCCACCACCACUGCUGCUACGCCCACUUCAAGCACCACGAUACAAACAGACACGUCCACUACUGCUGUACUGACAACCACAGUCCUUACAGACACCACCAAAUAUACAACUGCUUCUACGACACAAGUUACUACGACCACUACGACAACCACAACCAGAACUACUACGAAAAAGAAAGACGAUUCAGAAGAUGGGGACAAUAA